GCAAGCUGUUGUGCUGCAUUCUGGCAAAAAUGUUAGUGCCCCGAGCAAACAAAUAGCCCAGAGGCACCGCAGAGCCGCCGGGCCUCUUGGGUGCCACACUCUUGCUCCGGGCAAUGCAAGCUAUAAGAAGAACAACUGCUCUGUUCAGUUCUCGCAGCUCUCAUCUACCAGCGAUCACGCCACCCAGAGCUCCAGCUCUUCCACGACUUCAAUUGAUCAAUUCCCAUCUAUCGACCAGGUCAUAUUCAAAGAUGCCUUCUCCCACUGUUAAGCUGAGCAAUGGCAAAGAGAUGCCACUUGUCGGCUUCGGUCUCUGGAAGGUGAACAACGACACCUGCGCUGAUCAGGUCUACAACGCCAUCAAGACCGGCUACCGCUUGUUCGACGGCGCUUGUGAUUACGGCAAUGAGGUGGAGGCUGGCCAGGGAGUGGCACGCGCUAUCAAGGAUGGACUCGUGAAGCGUGAGGAGCUCUUCAUCGUUUCCAAGCUGUGGAACUCAUUCCACGACAAGGAGCGCGUGAAGCCAAUCGCGAAGAAGCAGCUUGCGGACUGGGGCAUCGACUACUUCGACUUGUACAUCAUUCACUUCCCAAUUGCCCUCAAGUACGUCGACCCUUCAGUCCGCUACCCACCAGGAUUUUUCGACGAGAACGACAAGCUCUCGCUGAGCAAGGCACCACUCGAGGAAACCUACCACGCCAUGGAAGAGCUGUACGAUGAGGGUCUGAUCAAGGCCAUCGGUAUCUCGAACUACAACGGCGGACUUCUUCUUGAUGUCGAACGCUACGCCAAGACCUUGCCACACACCCUCCAGAUCGAGCACCACCCAUACCUUGUGCAGCAAGACCUCCUCAACUUGUGCAAGAGCCGAAACAUUGCAGUGACCGCGUACUCUUCAUUCGGUCCUCAGUCAUUCCUCGAACUCAACAUGCAAAAGGCCAAGGACACCCCACUUCUGUUCGAGCACUCAUCCAUCAAGAGCAUCGCGGACAAGCACGGAAAGUCGCCAGCGCAAGUGCUGCUGCGAUGGGCUACGCAACGUGGCAUUGCUGUUAUCCCAAAGAGCAACAACCAGGAGCGUUUGGCACAAAACUUGGACGUUACCAGCUUCGAUCUGUCCGAGGAUGAGAUUAAGCAGAUCUCUGGCCUCGACAAGGGCCUGCGAUUCAACAACCCUCUCAACUACGGCAUCGAUGUUCCAAUCUUCGCAUAAACAGACAUAGGAAGAAGAUGUGCCUGUCGCGUAUAGAUUUUUGUGGAAAGACCAAGAUGCUUGCGUGUAGAAAUCCUGCGAUCGUCAGGAAUGUCACUAUAGAUCAACACUACGAAGAAUACGAUAAAGUUCACGACAACAUAGCCACC